CUUCGAGUUCUUUCCAGUCAUCAACCCUCGGACAAAUUAUGACAAGACUUGGAUUUUCCCCCAAAAAAUUAACGUGUGCGGUCUAAAACUAUUUCUAUUUUUGGAUAUGUGCAAAUAGACAAUAAGGUUUUGUACUGGUUCAUCUUUUCCUUCUUGAUCGGGCACUAAAUUUCGGACUGUUUCGGACUGGUCUUUUCAUCUUUGGCGAUAACCCUGAGAAAAUACAAUAUUUUCCUAGUGUCCUAAUCAAUGCUCGAUUAUUUCAAGAACCAGGUCCAACGUAUUUCGCAUUCUGAUUCCGCUCCUUUAGCUUAUCAUUAGAAGUUCAUCUCCAGUCAAUCCAUUAAUGGAUUUCGAAAUCCAUCAGCUUCACUUUCUUCUUGUGCCAUUAAUGUCUCAAAGCCAUAUUAUUCCUUUGACAGAUUUCGCUAAACUACUCGUGCGUCGUGGCCUGAUUGUUUCUAUAGUCACGACGCCCCGCAAUGCGAUCAGGCAUAAGGCGGCUAUUGGUCAUUUGGUCGAGGCCGGCCUAAAAAUACAAAUGAUUCCAUUGGAAUUUCCAUCUCAAGAAGUUGGAUUGCCUCAUGGAUGUGAAAACAUGGAUGCACUCACUUCUAUGGAAUUGGCAAUGGACUUUUUUGAAGCAUCUGAGAUGCUAGAAGUUCCAUUGGAAAAACUUAUUGGAGAAUUGGAACCAAAGCCCAGUUGUAUCAUUUCCACUAAUGCUCUACCUUGGACACAAAGAGUUGCCGAAAAAUUCAACAUUCCUAGGUAUAUUUUCGAAACAAUUUCAUGCUUCACUCUCUUGUGUUCUAAGAUCAUGUCUCGUGCCAAUGUCCUAGAUGACAUGAUUUCAGAAUCGGAUCCAAUUUUGGUGCCGGAUAUACCACACAAAAUCGAAUUUAUCAAGUCCCAGUUGCCUGAAGCGACGAAAAAAGCUUCACCAGAUGAUGUUAAAGGGAUUAUAGAUCAAAUAAAACAAGCUCAGAAUUCGGCUCGUGGGACUCUGGUGAAUACUUUCGAGGCAUUGGAGCCAUUUUACGUGGAAGGAUUGAGAAAGGAAAGGAAAAAUGUUUUGUGCAUCGGUCCAGUUUCUUUAUGUAACAAGGAACUUCUCGAAAAAUCUAAUAGAGGAAGUAAAGCCUCCAUCGAUGAGCACUUUUGCAUGAAAUGGCUUGAUUCAAUGAAGCCAAACUCGGUUGUCUACGCCUGCUUUGGCAGCCUUUGUCAUAUAUCUUUUCCACAGCUAAAAGAAAUUGGAUUAGGAUUGGAAGAAUCCAAUUUUCCUUUUAUUUGGAUCAUCAGAGGACAGAAUUAUUCAGCAGAAGUAGAAAAAUGGUUAUCAGAAGAGGGAUUUCAAGAAAGGGUCCAAGGCAGAGGCCUAAUAAUCCGCGGAUGGGCGCCUCAAGUGUUAAUAUUAUCCCAUCCCUCCGUGGGAGGAUUUUUAACACAUUGUGGUUGGAAUUCGACCCUGGAAGGAGUAUCAGCUGGGGUGCCUAUGAUCACAUGGCCUAUGUUUGCAGAACAAUUCUAUAACGAAAACUUUAUCGUAAAUGUACUAGAAAUUGGUGUAAGAAUUGGGGUUAAGGUUGGAAUGAAAUCUGGAGAGGAAGAAGCAAUGGUGAAGAGGGACAGUGUAAAGAAAGCCAUAGAAAAGGUGAUAGGUGAAGAAGAGGAGAUGAAACUAAGAAGGGAAAGAGCUCGAAAACUUGGAAAAAUGGCAAUGGAAGCAAUGCUAGAUGGGGGUUCUUCUUACAAGAAUAUCACAUUGUUGAUUCAAGAUGUCAUGCAGAAAGACAUUCUGGUACAGAAUUGAUUAGAUCUUUAAACCUGAAUAUAUAAGAAUGCACAUGAUAAGGUUGAAUAAAUUGCGCUCAAAUUCAUGACUGAACUCUAUGGGCAUGUUUUCUAAGGUGGUAUAGAUGUUAUUACUAGUAUCAUUUAUUGUAAUGUCCAGUCUCGCUCUGAGUCGAAAGCAAUUUCACAUUGUUGAAUGUUGAUUCAGGAUGUAAUGCAGCAAAAUGAAGUGACAAAAAGAGAGAUUCUAGGUCGAGAUUUAAGAGUUCUUGUAACCUUAAUGUAUACACGUAUGAGUUAAAGUAUAAUACAUUGCAUUCACUUCAUUACUAAACUA